GUCCCUCCGGUCGCUUAUUUUCCGUCGCCGACGCAGCGCAAUGACGUAGCUUCCCCGACAUUCCGUGCCCAAGAUGGCUGCAGUCGGCAAGGAGAGACGUCGCUAAGGGGCUUGCCUGAGGCGAGAGGAUUCUAACAUUUUCAGAAAAUCUUUUGGCGAGAACAAGUCGGCUUCAAUAAAUGAAGGAGAAUAAAGAAAAUUCAAGCCCUUCAGUAACCUCAGCAAACCUGGACCACACAAAACCAUGUUGGUACUGGGAUAAAAAAGACUUGGCUCAUACACCCUCGCAACUAGAAGGACUUGACCCGGCCACCGAGGCCCGGUACCGCCGAGAGGGGGCUCGGUUCAUCUUUGACGUGGGCACACGUUUGGGACUACACUAUGAUACCUUGGCAACUGGAAUAAUUUAUUUUCAUCGCUUCUAUAUGUUUCAUUCCUUCAAGCAAUUCCCAAGAUAUGUGACAGGAGCUUGUUGUCUCUUCCUGGCUGGGAAAGUAGAAGAAACACCGAAAAAAUGUAAAGAUAUCAUCAAAACAGCUCGUAGUUUGCUAAACGACGUGCAGUUUGGCCAGUUUGGAGAUGACCCAAAGGAGGAAGUAAUGGUUCUAGAGAGGAUCCUGCUACAGACCAUCAAGUUCGAUUUACAGGUGGAGCAUCCGUACCAGUUUCUACUCAAGUAUGCGAAACAGCUCAAAGGUGAUAAAAACAAAAUUCAAAAGUUGGUUCAAAUGGCAUGGACAUUUGUAAAUGACAGUCUCUGCACGACGUUGUCACUACAGUGGGAACCAGAGAUCAUAGCAGUGGCAGUGAUGUAUCUUGCGGGACGUUUGUGCAAAUUUGAAAUACAAGAGUGGACCUCCAAACCCAUGUAUAGGAGAUGGUGGGAGCAGUUUGUGCAGGACGUCCCUGUGGACGUUCUGGAAGACAUCUGCCACCAAAUCCUGGACCUUUACUCCCAAGGAAAACAACAGAUGCCUCAUCACACGCCCCAUCAGCUGCAGCAGCCCCCGUCUCUCCAUCCUGCACCACAAGUGCCACAAGUGCCACAGUCCCAGUCGUCUCAAGGCUCCGAAGCGCCCCAGCCCCCUCAGAAGGACCCGCAGCAGCCAGCCCAGCCACAGCCGCCGCCGCCGGCCCAGCCGCCCAAGAAGCCGUCCCCGCAGCCCAGCCCUCCCCGACAGGCGAAGCGCGCCGUGGUUGUUUCUCCCAAAGAAGAGAACAAAACAGCAGAACCCCCACCACCUAAAAUUGCCAAAAUUGAGACCACCCAUCCUCCUUUGCCGCCAGCCCACCCACCUCCAGACCGCAAGCCGCCCCUCGCGGCGGCCUUAGGCGAGGCGGAGCCGCCCGGCGCCGUGGAAGCCGGCGACCUCCCCAAGGUGCAGAUUCCGCCGCCGGCGCACCCGGCGCCCGUGCACCAGCCGCCGCCGCUGCCGCACCGCCCGCCGCCGCCGCCGCCGUCCAGCUACAUCACCGGGAUGUCCACCACCAGCUCGUACAUGUCGGGAGAGGGCUACCAGAGCCUGCAGUCCAUGAUGAAGACCGAGGGCCCCUCCUACGGCGCCCUGCCCCCCGCCUACGGCCCGCCCGCCCACCUGCCCUACCACCCGCACGUCUACCCCCACCCGCCCCCGCCGCCCGUGCCGCCGCCGCCCGCCUCCUUCCCGCCGCCCGCCAUCCCGCCCCCGACGCCCGUACCCCCGCCCCCGCCCACCUACAACCCCAACUUCCCGCCCCCUCCCCCGCGCCUGCCCCCCACUCACGCAGUCCCGCCGCACCCGCCCCCGGGCCUGGGACUGCCGCCGGCCAGCUACCCACCCCCUGCCGUCCCCCCGGGCGGACAGCCCCCCGUGCCGCCGCCCAUCCCCCCACCCGGCAUGCCGCCCGUCGGGGGGCUGGGGCGGGCCGCCUGGAUGAGAUAACGCGCCGCCUUCCCCCCCCCCUCCCCUGUUUUUUAAAGACAAAAGUUUUUUCUAAUGAACCUGAGAAGUAGUUUCAGUGGCGAAGCAGCAGGGUACCUUGUGUGCUACUAACUAGACAGACAGUUGCAGUGUAAGCAGUGGACCGGGCCUGAGAUGAAGGUAGCGGUUCUCCACUGGACCUGGAGGACCCAACAGCAGCGCCCAGCGGAGCCCGGGCCGCCGGCCGGUGGUGAGCUGUGUGCUUGCUUUCAGCUGGUGUCUGCAAGUCCUGCCCUGGGUUACUUUGCACUAGUGAGAAUGCGAACCAGCCACAUUGGCUCAAGGAAUAGCUGCCCUAAGGAGUGAACUUCCUUCUAGCAAUCAGUGCCUAUUUUCCCUGGAAACUCCGUUUUCCACCGCCCAGGCCCAUGCGGAGCCAGUCAAGCUGUUGUUGCUUUCCUUCCAGGACACCAGGAGGCUAGGGAACCACUUUGGUUUGGAGUCUGUACAUCCUUUGUAUUAAAGUUAUUUUGAAGGGGUUGCCUUGGUGGACGCCUCUUUUCUUUGUCCUCCUGGAGCAGGGGAGCGAUGCACCGGGAAGUACUGUAUGUUUACAUCCAUUUGCAAAUUCCUGUACAUAGAGAUCUAUUUUUUAAGUGCGAAUGUAACACCAUACUGUGAAUUCCAUCUUGGUUACAAGCGAGACUCUUUCAGCCAAUUAUCCAAAUAAAACCAGUUCUGAAACGA